UCAUUCCCAAAAGCAAAAUCAUCACGUAAAUCACACACCGUCCGACGCUAUGUGGGGCCCCACCGACCACUAUCACUCAAGACUCGAGACUCUUUACUGAAAAACUCCUCAGCACUGUAUAAUUAAUAUGCUCUCCCACUUUUCUUUAUCUCCUCAAUUCGUCCUCAGACCAGCACCAAAAUAAAAAAAUACUCCAACAAUGGCCGGAACGUCAUCGGAUCAAAGAAAACCUCAUCCUCUCUUUUCUCCAUACAAAAUGGGCAAGUUCAAUCUCUCUCACAGGGUGGUGCUAGCGCCUAUGACACGGUGCAGAGCUUUGAAUGGAAUUCCACAGCCAGCCCUCGUUGAAUACUACACGCAGAGAGCAACUGACGGUGGAUUUCUCAUCACCGAGGGGACGAUGAUCUCACCCACAGCCGCCGGGUUUCCGCACGUGCCGGGAAUAUACUCAAAAGAACAAGUGGAGGCAUGGAAGAAAGUGGUGGAUGCAGUCCAUGGCAAGGGUGGUGUUAUAUUCUGUCAACUGUGGCAUGUCGGCCGAGCAUCUCAUCAAGUGUAUCAACCUGGUGGGGCUGCACCAAUAUCAUCCACGAGCAAGCCCAUCUCAAAGAGAUGGAGAAUACUAAUGCCAGAUGCAACGCAUGGGACCUACCCAGAGCCUCGUGCACUGGCAACCUACGAGAUAGCAGAGGUGGUGGAACACUAUCGCCAGUCAGCACUCAAUGCCAUUGAAGCAGGUUUUGAUGGUAUUGAAAUCCAUGGAGCCCAUGGCUACCUCAUUGACCAGUUCUUAAAGGAUGGAAUAAAUGACCGUACAGAUGAAUAUGGUGGCUCGAUUGCAAACCGAUGCAAAUUCCUAAUUCAAGUGGUUCAAGCAGUGGUUGCAGCCAUUGGUGCAGAUCGGGUUGGUGUUAGAAUGUCACCAGCAAUCGAUCACCUCGAUGCCAUGGAUUCUGAUCCUCUCAACCUAGGCCUGGCAGUGGUCGAAAGACUUAACAAGCUCCAGCAAGAUGUUGGCUCAAAACUUGCUUAUCUCCAUGUGACCCAGCCACGGUACACAGCUUAUGGCCAGACAGAGGCAGGUAGGCAUGGCAGUGAAGAUGAGGAGGCCCGACUAAUGAGAACUUGGCGAAGAGCUUAUUGGGGAACUUUCAUUUGCAGUGGUGGAUUUACCAGGGAACUAGGAAUGGUAGCUGUGGCUCAAGGUGAUGCUGAUUUGGUGUCGUAUGGUCGCCAUUUUAUCUCAAAUCCUGACUUGGUUACGAGACUCGAGCUCGAUGCACCUCUAAAUCGGUAUGUUAGGGCUACUUUCUAUACACAAGACCCUGUUGUAGGGUACACUGACUACCCUUUUCUAAGCAAGGGAAAUGGCAGCAAACUACCAUUGUCACGACUCUAAGUGGAACGAUGUUGAUGGUAUGAUAUAUGCAAUAUUCUCCACAUUUUGUACAAUGAAGGGCCAGAGAACCCUUUGGCUUUAAAUACAAUGGUGUGGAAUGUUAGACAACAAGAAAGAGCCCGACCCUAUCGACGCUCGCACUUAUGUAUUGGAGAUUGUAUUUGUACCCUAGGGCUUGAUUUAUUGAAUAUCGUUCUUAAACACAAAAUUGAUUGUGUAUUUUGUGUGUACGUGUAUUAGGUCCCAGUAGUUUGAAAUCUGAGGCCAUGAUUGCUCUCCCAACAG